AUGAAGGCUAGAUUCUUAAUUUUUUGUCUGUUUCUUUGUAUUUUGGAGUUAAUUUCUUCAGUUUCCUCUUCUCCAACUUCAAGCACCAAUUCAUCUACAUGUCCCAUGGAUCUUGGUUAUGUACUGAGAAUCCCAUGGUCGAUUUCUGAUUGCAAAACCCCACCAAAUCCUAAUUCAACCCAGCAGAUUUCUCCUACUUCCGGCGAUCCCACCGCCGGAAAACGCCAGUGCUGCCAAACCCUCCUCUCCCUUUAUGGCUUAGGACUGUCACAGCAUCUUAAAGAGACUUCUCUUUUUCAACUGCCCAAUUUGCCAACUUCCGUUUCUUGCCUUGAAGAUUUCCAAUCCAAGUUGAACUCUCUUUUUCUCCCACAAAAUCUCACAUCCAUUUGCUUUGAUCCAUUGCAAUUUGUGAUAACUCCCAAUAUAUGCGCCUCCAUUGAGUCCACCGAAGAUUGGAGCAAGAAGCUUGGUCCCUUCACUAUACUGGACUCUGCUUGUAAGCCAGACCUCACUGAUCUUACUCAGUGCGAUGCUUGUCUGGCUGCCGGUUUACGGGUUCAGACCGAUUUGAUUGCAGUUGAUGGUAAUAAGUCCCAUUCCACUGAAUGCUUUUACUUUGCAGUCCUAUAUGCUGCUGGCAUUGUCAAUGAAUUUGGGCCUGAAAGCACUGGUGCUUUGACUUGUAUCUUUGGUCUUUCGAUUGAUUCGGAUAAGGGUUCUUCAAGUAAACGGCAUUUGGCUCUUGUCUUUGGACUAACUGGGGCCGGUGUGGCGAUUUUGCUGAUGUCUUGUUUGCUGGGAAUGUACUUAUGGUGGAACAGAAGACGGAUGGAAAAACACGAUGGAAUUAAUUCGGGAGAAGAAGAAAUGGAAUCUAGGUCAAGAAAGAGGCCUACUACAGUGGCUAUUUGCUUUGGGGUAGUUGUUUUGGAGAUAAUGUGCGGGAAGAAAGCUCUUGAUCUAUCCUCAGAAUCACCUCGAGCAAUUUUAAUCACAGAUUGGGCUUGGUCACUGGUGAAAGCGGGGAAAUUAGAAUCAGUAUUGGAUGCUUCACUUUUGAAAGAUGGAGAUUCAUCAAAUGCAAAUCCGAAACUCAUAAUGGAAAGAUUUGUACUUGUUGGUAUUCUGUGUGCUCAUGUUAUGGUGGCCUUACGGCCGACCAUUUUGGAUGCGUUGAAAAUGUUGGAAGGAGACAUUGAGGUUCCUACAAUUCCCGAUAGGCCAACACCCCUUGGACAUCCUUCAUUUUUUGGUGGCGAGGGUAACACUUUUAGCAUAUCUCCUGCAUUGAGCGGGUUGCAGUUAUAUUCUGUAGAUAUGCUUAGGUGA